AUGGAAGAUAAACCUCUCCCCCAAGCUAGCAAAGACCCUCGCGAACUCACCACCGAAGAAUCCUCUGCAUCGGCGCUCUUCCCCUCCUUCACGUCCACCACCGCCUGGUCGCUGGGUCUCGCGCUCCGCAAUCGCAUUCUGUUACUGCCGCCGGAGCAGCGAAAACCCGCGUUGGUAUCCAUUGCGCUAACGGGGGGUUCAGAACCCCAUGUGGUGUUUCAAUCCGCGACCGAGCCAGGCACUGUCCCUGAUAAUGAGAUCUGGGUGCGGAGGAAAAGGAAUACCGUGUUGCGGUGGGGAGUGUCCAGCUGGUUGAUGCGGAAUAAGAUGCUCUCCAGUACCGGGCUGGGACCAAAUGAGAUCGAGGGCGCUUUUGUUCGGAAACAUGCUCUGACGAGUACGGGUGGCGGUGGCGCUGCUGAUGAUUUCGCCAUUCAUGGAGGUGGGUUCCCCGUCCGUGUAAAGGGUGUGGAUGGGGUCGUGGCGGUCAUCGUUGUGAGUGGAUUGAAGCAGGAGGAUGAUCAUCAAGUUAUUGUGGAGGUUGUCAGGGACUUUAUUGCGCAAGGUGGCAAUUAG